CAGCCUGAGGGACCCUGACAUGUCAUGUUUUAAUACUUUGGUUGUCUGUUGGCAACUAGGCAAGUCAUAAAACACACAGACAGUCAGUUUAAACAUUAACUCAGGACCAGAGUUUACUGUCCAGAGCUGAAUGUUGCUUAUAGCCGGAUCUUUCUCUGUCCCUGUCACACUCUGAGAAAAUCCAGACACCAGUAUGAGCAACUUUGGGCAAAUCCUUAAGGAGGUCGGGGAGUUCGGGUUUUUUCAGAAACGUUUAGUUGCUGCAUUAUGCAUACCCAGCUUUUUUGUAGCUUUCGAUGUGAUCGGGCAGGUGUUUACGGGUAUGAACUUCCCACAUCACUGUAACACUGACUGGAUCUUGGAGCGUGGGCCAAACCUGACGGAUGAGAGACAGAAAAAUCUCACUCUCCCAGUGAACGAUGGAAAAUAUGAAAGCUGUAAAAUGUUCACACCUGUGGAUUUGGAUCUGGAAACCAUUGAAGCAUAUGGGCUUAACACUACAACUGGAUGCAUUAACGGAACAGAUUUUGAGGCACCCGAAGGUACAGCGAGCAUUGUCACUGAGUUUAACCUGGUGUGUGACAGGAGCAGCCUGAUUGAGGCGUCACAGUCCAUCUACAUGGCCGGUCUUCUGGUCGGAGCGCUGGUGUUGGGGCCAAUGGCUGACAGGUUUGGUCGACGAUUUGUGGUCCUGCUUUCACUCCUUUUCCUCAUGUUGUUUGGUGUCUCUUCUGGUUUAUCACCCAACAUCUAUGUUUAUAUGGUUCUCAAAUUUGGAGGUGGCGUCUCCACUUCAGGCAUUCUUGCUAAUGCAUUUGUGAUCGGUGGAGAGUGGAGUGAUUCUUCCAAGUUUGCUCUCUGCACCAUUAUGUGCCACUUAUCUUUCCCUUUUGGACUGAUGACAUUGUCUGGCAUCGCCUAUCUUAUCCGCAACUGGAGGAUCCUGCAGUUCGUGCUUUUCAGCCCUCUUGUGGUGGUCCUGGUGAUCUUUUACUGGAUUCUCCCAGAGUCAGCUCGUUGGCUCAUCACUCAGGGCAGGAAGAAGGAGGCGAUAAAGGAGGUCAGGAGGGCCGCCAAGGUGAACGGGAGGACGGUCCCUGAAGAUCUGCUCGAUAAGCUGGAGGUUGGGGAUACAUCCAAAAGAGGAAGCAUGCUGGACCUCUUCAGGAUAUCAUAUUUGAGAAAACGAGCAUUGAUAAUGAGCUUUGUUUGGUUUGCAACAAGUCUGGUGUACUAUGGACUGAGCCUGAAUGUUGGCCACUUUGGCCUGAAUAUCUACCUCACACAGUUCAUCUUUGGCGCAGUAGAAUUCCCUGCACGUCUGGGCAGUUUGGGUCUUAUUCAGCGCUUUGGGAGGAAAAUAUGUGAAGCAGUGGUCCUGUGUUUUUCAGGCGCUGCUUGUCUUGUGAUCCUUGCUAUUCCAGAAGAUCUUCCUGUAGUGGUCACAGUCAUAGCCGUACUGGGAAAAUUUACAGCCACCACCAGUUUCUCCAUAAUCUAUGUUUAUACAGCAGAACUAUACCCUACCACUCUAAGGCAGAAUGGUCUCGGUCUGAACUCCACGUGUGCUCGUGUGGCGGGCAUCCUCGCUCCACUGAUCAGGCUGCUGGACGCCUACCAUUACUCCAUCCCCAUGGUGAUAUACGGCAUUGUCCCUAUUGCUGCCGGAGGAUUCUGUUUAUUACUGCCUGAAACCCUCAAUGUUGAACUCCAGGAUCACGCUGAGCUCAGUAAACCUGAAAAUGGCACUGAAACAAUAUCUUUUACUAAAGAGCAAAAAUCUGAGAAGAGCACAAGAAUGUAACUUACAUGGAUGUGUUGGUUUUUCACUUUUUGGCAUGUAAAAAGGAAAUUGUUUGCCUGCUUUUAGCUGAUAACCUGUGACAAAGAAUGUAUAAGAAUGCAGUUACUUGGGUGGAAAGCACAAAUUGAAUCACUUUAAAUUAUCCAACAUUAGAUUUUUUGUUGUUACAAUGUGUUAAAAAAAAGUUAAACUACUUAUAGAUUUGUAUAAAGAGUAAAUUAAAUUAUGUAUAUUUGCUGAACACUUUUCUUAUGUUUAAUCACCCAAAGUAAAUUGUUUAAUACUGUUUGUUAUUCUCUUCCCCUGGAUGUAUUCUCUCUGUAUUUUUUUAGUUGCAACAAAUCACAGAACCUUGUGUAAAAUAAUAAUAAUCAAUAUUUCAUAGCACAAUUUAACUAACAACAUCAAGUCACUCUUGUUCAACUUUGAGCUGCUAUUGGUGGAGUCUUUAUAACAGUUGUUCCCUAAUUUAAUAUCCACGGAUUUGCUUAACUCAAAAUCCGUGGAAUAGCCACGGAAUAACUCAAAUUUCCGUGAAACUGACACGGAUUUCGCUACAAUGCAAGUUAAUGACAGUCAUAUCCCGUGGCUAUACAAAGUGAUUAUGUACAUUCACUGAGUGAAUAUUUAGAAAAUAAAACAUAUAUUCCUCGCUAGAAAUGUGAUCAAAAUCCAUUUUCAAAAGUCAAAAUAUUGAUUUUUUUCACUAAAAAUUAGAUAACUGUCCGCCAUGUGUUUUGUUCUGACCGCCGGGACCUUGAAAGUCAUGUGACUUGGAACAAACCAAUAGGAAAAAAUAUCCAUGGAAUAGCCACGGGAUAUGACUGUCAUUAACUUGCAUUGUAGCGAAAUCCGUGUCAGUUUCACGGAAAUUUGAGUGAUUCGAUGGCUAUUCCAUGGAUUUUGAGUUAAGCGAAUCCGUGGCUAUUUCACGGAUUCCUGUGAGACCAGGUUAAUUUAAAGACAUAUCACACUGUUUUGAUGUGCUGGGUUAAAUGAAUUAAUAAGAUGAAUUAUAUUUACCUAGUCGUACUGUACAUUGACUGAUAGAUGACUAUCUUCCAUUUCCCGCUGCACUUUAAUGAGGAACAACUGCAAACUGCAUUUUCAGGCAGAUCCUAAAAGAGAUUAUGGAGUUUGGUUUGUUUCAGUCACAGUGAUGGGCUGCACUGUGUUUUCAGCUUUCAAUGUGCUGGUUCAGGUGUGGAUGAACUUUACACAUCACUGAUAUUCAAGCACCUGACGAAUUAGAGGCAAAGAUAUCUCACCGUCAGAAGUUAUUAAAACUGUAAAAUGUUUGGAUCACUGAGAUAGUCAGAAUUGAAAAAAAAGUUCAGAAAAUCAAAUGUCAGGGAACAAAUGAGGGACUUAUGUGGGAAAAAAGCCACAGGGGAAACCAAGUGAGAGGAUUGAGUUAAUUGCAAGGCCUGAGGGGACGGCACGACCCAAAAUAACACACACACACCUCAACACCCUAUCUCACCUGAUAAAGAAAGGAAGCUAUGUGAGAUUGCUUUUGUAAACAUUGUUGUGUUACAAGUGCUUUAUGAAUAAAGUUGAAUUGACCGGAGCUGAGAUUUACAACUGGUAAAAAUUUCAAAAUUAAAGCCUGCAAUUCAGAUAUUUAUUAAGUAAUUUUAUUUAUCUUGAAAAAAAUGGCUGAACGAGAGACUGCUUCAUGUUCCAGCUCACACAUUAUGUCUCAAAUAAGCACCACAAAUAAAAAAAUAAAAAUAAAAUCAAACUUUAAUUUCUAGAUAUAGCGACAUUUCUGAAUUUUAUUUAUCUUUGCAAGUUUAAUUUAAAAAUGAAUUAGUGUUGGUACUCUGAGUGCAUUUACUUUCUCCAUAAGUUGAUUUAAGGUGAGUCGAGUUAUAUUGUCCUUUACAUCAUAUUGUCCAUCCCAACUUUAACAACUGGUGGUGCUGUUUUCCCUACUAAAAAUAAGUUAUACAUUCAUUACCAUAAUCACACUCUUCAAUUGCACUUGGUUACAUAUUAAUUUAAGUCAUAUGAAUAAUAUAAACAUAUAAGACUUGAACAGGUCCAAGUCCAAAAGGGGAAUUCAAAUUCAAAAGGGUGUGUGUGUGUGUGUGUG